AUGAAAAUAAGAAAAUGUUUAAGGAAAUAUGAUCCUGAGUACAUUAAUAUUGGAUUCACGGUCAUAGACGUAAGCAAUGAGCCUCGGCCUCAAUGUGUUAUCUGUUUUGAAAUUCUUUCUAACCAAAGUAUGAAACCGUCCUUAUUAAAACGUCACCUUUCUACAAAACAUUCGACGUUAGAAAACAAACCAAAUGACUAUUUCGUUCGAAAAUUGUCAGAGAUGAAAAGCACAAAGAAAAUUAUAUCAUCUUUUAGCGGUAGUACUGAAAAAGUAGUGGAAGCAUCUUUCUUAGUGAGCUUAAGAAUAGCGAAGUGUGGAAAACCUCAUACCAUCGGCGAAAAACUGAUUUUACCGGCAGCAAAAGAUAUGGUAACUUGUAUGUUAGGUGUUCCGUCAGCUAAAAAACUUGAUAUGAUAUCACUGUCAAAUGAUACAGUUCGCCGCAGGAUUGAAAGUAUGGGCAUUAAACGUUAA